GCGUGUGUGGGUCUCGGCAUCUAUGCCGAGGGAGGACAAGUUACAACAAUCAGCUGAUCCACUCACUCUUGAACAUCGCUCUCCCUCUGGCUGCUUUCAUCAUUUCGUCUGUCCCUGGGAAUGGGUUCCUCAGGUGGAGGAGCAGGGAGCAAUGACCGCUGGUGGGAGAACCCUAAGCUGUCUCCAGCAGACCUGCGGCAGCACUCGGAGUCAUGGAGUUUGGCUGAUGAUGCCGCUAUGGCAACCCUCCUCCAGGGCAUAUCACAGCGCUUGGUGGCUCGGACCCAUGAAGUGGAAGGAGCCCUGGAGAGAGCCCUGGAGGAUGCUGACCGUGUCGUCACCACCAUUGCCAACACUAACAAUGCCUUCCACAUGCUAGCUAACACACAGUUCAUUGAAAACAGAACAUACCAGGAUGAUGCAGACCUUGUGAGAGAGAAAAAAGAGGUAUCAGAGAAGCCAGCAGUCACAGAAGAGGACAUCAUAGGCCGAUGCAAGACAGCUAUAGCAGAUGGUCUCAGCCUUGUGGCAUCAUGUUAUGAGCGUCAUGAAAUACAAGACUCGGAUUCAGAUGAUGAGGACAGUCCUGGCAGUCCUGUGCCUGUGUAUGCCCUUAUUGACCCCUAUGAGAACAAGCCUCUGCCUCUCAUCAUUGGGUCAGAAGCUUUCAUGACAGAUGACAAAGUGGGUCUUGAAGUUUCAUCGAGUGAAGAAAACUCUAGAAUGACUUUCAGCCCAGAAGACACAGAGAGUGAAGUGGAAUUAGAGGACGUGACAGAUAGAGUGACACUGCAAUCAAAGGCCCUCCCCACUAGCAGCUCCAGGCCAGUGGAUGACAGUGACUCUGAUUGGUCAGCAGAAGAUGGUCCCUUACCUAACAUACCCAGUGGUGUUGUGGGCAAGGAAAAGCCACUGCAGCUGUCUAGCGAUGAGGAUGAUGACAUGUUUGUUCCUCCAUCCAGAAAUUCAGAAAAGGUGGGAAACAUCUUUUCCAAGACUAACAACACAGGUGCUGUUAUACCCACCACCCACAUCAACAGCAGGAGAACUGGAGCAGACUUGGACUCUGACAGUGAAGAAGAUGAAGGGUUGUUCGGAAAGCAGCAAAAGUCACCCAUUUGUUUGAUGGUCCCAGGCAGCCCUCAAAUUCCCAGGGGAGCAUUAAAAAUUCAGACCCUCUCCUUCCAUCAGGUAUUUUCAACACCAACCAAAUCACAAGGAGUAGAGAAUGUCCGAGCUAUGCCAGAUGCCACACCAAUCAAAGCUUCAGCUCCAGCAAAGUCCAAGAAGAUUGAGGCCAAUCUGUUUGCUAGUGACUCAGAUGAUGAAGGAGACCUGUUUUCCAGGAAGCCUGCAGCACCCUCAGGAACUUACUCUCCUGGAUUCUUGCAUCCAUGUGAUUCUGAACUAAUUCUUUCUUGUCAUUUAAAGGUUCCUGUUGGAGGUGUGAGCAUCUUUGGAACAGCCAUUACUAAAGCUAUUCGACAACAACACUCCUCAGAUGAAGAGCCUUCAGAUGGUGACAUGCCCAAUGCAACCACCACCAAGGUUACACAACCAUCUCCACCCAAGCCAUUUGACAAAACCUCCCAGAAACCUUCAAGUGUUAAGAUCCCAAUUAAAGGUGGCUUGUUUGAUUCUGAUGAUGAUGAAAACUUGUUUGAUACACUUGUAACGAAACCUGCUAGUGUUGCUAAUGAUGUGAAGACUCAUUCUGGUGGAGCACCAUAUCAUGAAAGCAAAACCAAGGCUGAUGAUAAGAGGAGUCACAUGGAUAAUGAAUCUACUUCUAAUCUAAGUGAUAAAGAUAGCACAGCAAAGUCAACAGGUGGGUUGUUCUCUGAUGAGGAGGAUAGCAUUUUUGGUAUACCCACUACAGUGAAGAGCAAAGACACUUUAUCACAAGCAAAUAAAUUGUUGCCUGAGAAUUCAUCCAAAGUUACAAAAGAAGUUAACAAGGCUGAGAGACAAGCAGUGAAGGCAUCCAGGCCUUCCUCCUUAUUCACCCCACCUGACUGCCCAACCCCAUCACAACCUGUCAAUAUAUCAGAACCUCCGAAAUCUAAUAUCUCUCUUUUCAGUUCUCCAAGUGAUGAUGAUGAUGAUAUAUUUUCAUCCAUCUCAAAACCUGUUCAAAAUGCAAGUCAUGCCUCAGCCUUCAUGACAGACCCACCUCCUUUACCACCACAGGCUAGUAAUAGUGAGGCAGAGACAGGGAAAAAGAGACUCCUACAACAUGAACAUGAUGAUUCAAAUAAAUCCUCAAAAGCUGGUCUUGAAGGAAAACCUGAAGAAUCCCUGUCUACAAGUUUGUUCAGUUCUACAUCAGAUGAAGAUAUCUUUUCUUCAGUUACCACUCCCAAAAAUUCUCCCACAAUUGCAGCACCUGAGGUGAAUAAGGAAAAAGCUGAAUUCUCAAAGUCUGAAGAAGAACCUGCGUUAGGCACAAAAACAGUUGCUGUAGUGAGCACUAAAAGUACAAGUCACUCUGAGGUAGGAGAUAAUGGAGGAAUUUUUGGUUCUCCGACUGAGGAUAUCUUCAAAUCUAUUUCACAACCACCUAAGGAUGAGUCAAAACAAGAUGAAGUAAUUAAACAAAGUGAUAAAGCCAAGGAAAGUCCUACUAAGUCACUUCCAAAUAAGGAUACCAUUACUGGUGCUCUUAGUAAAGAUGAGAAUAUAUUUGGUUCAACAGAUGACCUGUUUGGCAUCCCUGAAAAACUAAAUAAACCAAAUAAUUCCUCCAGAAAAGAGAAAGAAGACUCACAAGGCUCUCUGAAGUCAAAUAAACAAGAAAAAAAUUCAACAACUUCAAGCAAAGUACCAGUAGAUUCUAAUAAGGCAGAUUCAAAAUCAGAUAAAGAAGAUGAUUCCAUUUCAGUGAAUGAAAUAACUCUAACUCCUAGCCCAGCUUCUCUUGAGAGUAAGCCAAGUGAUGGUGGUGCACAGAAACCAAAAGUAGCUGCAACUAAACCACCAGUUGGAGGUGUUGCAUUGUUUGGAGGGAAAGAACUUGUUGCACAAAUUAAUAAACGUAAAACUUUGCUCGAACCUGCUGAACAGAAAGAAGAAAAAACUGAAAACAUAUUUGCUGAUGUUCAGGGAACAGUCUCAGAAAAUGAAGAUCAUAGUAAAACUCUUAUAUUUGAUGACAGUGAUGAUGAUAUAUUUGGUAAUAAUGCACAGAAUUCUGUGAAGAGUAAAACCAGUUCACUUUUCAGACAAAGCCCUCCAUUACUACCAGGAGAGAAUGAGAACAUUCCUGAACAGCAGGAAGCACAGAACACUCCAUUACUAUUAGAAGAGAGUGAGAAGAUCCCCAAAAAGCAGGAACCACAAAUCCCUCCAUUAUUACAAGAAGAUAAUGAAACCAUUUCCAAAAAGCAAACACCACACAGUCCUCCUCUAGUACCAACAGAGAGUGAGAACAUAUCCAAAAAACAAGAACCAGAAAAAUUGCAAAUACCUCAAUCUAAACCCAUAAAUGUAGGUAAUGAAUCUAAAAAACCUCAAGAUAUUGACAGUGAUCAACAAAAACCUAAGCCUGAGAAAUCUGAACAGGAAAGCCAGGAAGAGAAUAUCCAGAAAGAGAUAAAACCUAGGAAGAAACCACCUAUUGGAGGAGUGUCCAUGUUUGGCGGUGGUGGAAUGGGAGGCAGUGAGUUAUUCGCCAAGGUGCUGCAGAGGAAGAGCAUGCUAGCACCUGAGAGUGAUAGCAGUGAUGAGGAUACCCCCACUGAACCAACAGGAGCCACCCAAGCCACAAUGCUUGUUGAGAAGAGCACAGCACAACCCAAGCCUGUAAUACCUGUUGUGAGUCCAGUCUCCCCUCUCUCUCUCAUCUCACCAGUCAUUGCUCCUAACUUGCACGAAUCCAAAUCAGGCGGAGUGGAGAACAGCAUCAGUUUUGAUGAUCCAGCCUCACACACUAAUGUACUACAGAGCAUGAAUAAGACCCGAGCAAGAGGGAGCAUCAAGCGCCGGCCUCCUAGCAGAGCUCACAGGAAGAGUGGUGCUGAGAAGUCUGAUUCUUCUGAAACACAAGAGUCUUUCUCCACAAAUGAGAGUCAUCCCUCAGCUUCAACCACACCAAACAGUCUGGAACAUACAAAUGCUGAUGUAACAGAUGUGAAUAAGAGUAAAACAGAACCACUACAAUCUAGUGAGAGACCACAACAACUAUCAUCAAACAAAGAUCAAGGAAAAAUCAAUAGAGUUGUUGAAAAAGAUAAGACAGAACCUGCUUCUACAAACAUAUCAACUGUCACCUCAAAUAAAGAUUCAAGCCAUGCUAAGGGUAGUGAAAAGCCAGUCAUUGCCUCACAUGAGGAAAAGAAGGACAUGGCAUCUGUAGAAAACAAGGAUGUGCUCACUGUCCCCAAAAGUGCCUUGGGUGCGUCAAAAAGCAGCUCCAAACCUAGCAGUUCCUUGUUUGGAGGUAGUGACAGUGAUGAGGACUUGUUUGGGGAAGUAAAACCCAAAAAGACUGUAAAGAAACUCUCAACAUCUUCAGGAGUAACGAAAGUCACCAAAACAGCAACCAAGAGUUCAAGAUCUCACUCUCUGUUUGAAGAUGAUGAUGACGAUGAUGCCAGCAUCUUCAACUCCAAGAGUCAAACUAAGAAGACAAUGGUAAGUGCAUCAAGGAACGUACCAACAACCAAACCAAAGGGAAACUUGAAGCAGUCAAGUGAGCCGUUCGAAGAUCCACUUCUCGGCAGUCUCACAAAGUAAUAUAUUUAAAAUUCUUUAUAAGUAUACAUUGCUCAAGCUUAUAAAGGUAUGUACUCUGGUGUAUGGUGUUUUGGCCAAAAGGAACUGGAUUGAGAUUGUCACAAACAGACAGACCAACAGGCAGAUAGUACACACACACACACACACACACACACACACACACACACACACACACACACA